UCUCUAUGGAACGCAAUUUAAUGUUACGCUAAUAUUCUGUAAUAACUGCAACUUACAAGUCUAAUAAGUGUAAAUAGUGCUCUUGAAACAUAUCUAAAAUUUCACCUGCUUUUUACUGCUAGAAAGUUUUAUGCAUUUCUUUUUUGCUGUAAAAGGCUCAUAGUUCAAAAAUUUCGUUGAAAUCUCUUACGUCAUAGCAAAUCAAUAUAUCUAUUGUCUUUGAAAUGCUUUACUGUCCGGGAAAUAUCUCUUUUACAAAACCAUGGUUAAACCACGGCAUUUCUCAUUGCUUUUUGGAUACCGUUUCCUCAUUUUUUAUGACUCUAUUUUUAGUCAUAUUUGGUGCAGUGCAAAUACGAAUGUAUUGGAAGUAUUCCUCUGAUUUGGAUAGAAGAAUGCUUCCCAGGCCUUUUACUUAUCAUUUACAAAGAUUUUUUCACAUUUUAUUGCCUGUUCUUGCUUUUGUUCGACUGAUUUUGCAACUUACAGCUGUUGAACGUGAAGUUUAUGUAUAUAUGAUACUAAGCCCUUGUGUAUAUUCAGUAUCAUUUCCAUUAGCAUUAUAUUUGAUCCAUUUAGAGAGACACAAAGCUCUUCCUAGUAUACCCACUAGAGGACAUGGGUUAGUCCUGCUAGUAUAUUGGACUGUCUUAUUUAUAGCUGAAAAUCUGAGUUUCUUGAAUCUACAAAACGUGGAUUGGUGGUUUCGCUUAAAAAGCUUAUCUGAUAAGAUUGAGUUCGGCAUUUUUAUACUGCGAUACAUCGGAAGUUUUUUCAUUUUUGUUUUUGGUUUGAGUGCUCCUGGAAUUCCUAAAAGUGAAGACUACUUAGCUUACAGGCAACUUGGUGUGCAAGGAGAGACUGCUAAUCUGCUUGAAAGUGGGACUCAUGAACAGCGUAGGAAUGCAUCAGCAUUUUCUGAUUUUGGGAAAAAGUGUAAGAAAUUACUCCCAUUCUUAUGGCCGAAAAAAAAUGUGUAUCUUCAAUUGAGGGUGAUUAUUUGUUUCACAAUUUUGGUUUUGGGUCGAGUUGUCAAUGUGUUUGUUCCCCAGUACAACAAAUUCAUAGUUGAUAGUUUGAGUUUGGAUCUGGGGAAGUUGACAUUCAGAUGGGAUUACAUUUUGAUAUAUGUUGCCCUUUGGUUUCUACAAGGACAAGGCAAUAAUAGCUUUUUAAGUAAUAUUCGUUCAUUUUUGUGGAUUCGUGUUCAGCAAUAUACUGUUAAAGAAGUAGAGGUGGAGAUGUAUGCACAUUUGCACAGUUUAUCUCUAAAUUGGCACCUGAGCAGAAAAAUUGGGGAAGUAUUACGUGUCAUGGAUAGAGGGACAAGCAGUAUCAGCAGCUUAUUAAGUUAUAUUGUAUUCAAUAUAAUACCUACAUUUGCUGAUAUCUUCAUUGCUAUUAUUUAUUUUGGUGUGGCAUUUAAUGUCUGGUUUGGCCUCAUCGUGUUCAUUACUAUGACUCUUUAUUUAGUUGCUACUAUCUCUCUUACUGAGUGGCGUACAAAAUUCCGCCGAAAUGCUAACCGUCUCGACAAUGAAGUGGAAGCAAAAUGUGUGGAUUCUUUGCUGAACUUUGAAACAGUGAAAUAUUACAAUGCUGAGAAAUAUGAGCAGGAAAAUUACAAAAAUGCAAUUGACAAAUAUCAGGAAGCAGAAUGGAUCAACCAAGCCACUUUGAAUUUAUUAAAUACAGCUCAAAACAUCAUUAUAACUCUUGGUGUCAUGAGUGGUGCUCUAUUGUGUGCACACUAUGUGGUGGAGCGGAAACUUACAGCUGGAGACUACAUACUCUUUAGCACAUAUGUGUUGCAAUUGUACACACCUUUAAAUUUUUUUGGUACAUAUUACAGGAUGGUACAAACAGCUUUUGUUGAUAUGGAAAACAUGCUUUCAUUGUUUGAUACUCAACCUGAGAUAGUUGAUGAACCAAACGCACCUCCAUUGAAAGUUGGUGAUGGUAGAAUUGAAUUCAAGCAUGUAAAUUUUUCUUAUGUUCCUGAGCGCCAAAUACUAAAAGACAUUUCUUUUGAAGUUCCUCCGGGGAAAAUAGUUGCCUUAGUAGGUCCUACUGGAAGUGGAAAAAGCACAAUCACUAGGUUACUCUUUCGUUUUUAUGACAUUCCAUCAGGAGAAAUUCUAAUUGAUGGGCAAAAUGUUGCAAAGGUGACUCAAAGAACUUUGCAUCAAAGCAUUGGUGUUGUUCCUCAAGACACAGUUCUUUUCAAUAAUACAAUCAGGUAUAAUAUUGGAUACAGUAGACCUACUGCCAGCAAUGAAGAGAUUGAAGAGGCUGCUAAAGCAGCUGAAUUGCACUAUCAGAUCCUUAACUUCCCAGAUGGAUAUGACACCAUUGUUGGAGAACGUGGUUUGAAGUUGAGUGGAGGGGAAAAACAAAGAGUGGCAAUAGCAAGAACCAUUUUAAAAGCUCCAUCGUUGAUCAUUUUAGAUGAAGCAACCUCUUCAUUAGAUACUCAAACUGAAAGAAAUAUCCAGCAAUCUUUAGCAAACAUUUGUGCCAAUAAAACAACAUUAGUUGUUGCCCAUAGAUUGUCAACCAUUGUUAAUGCUGAUGAAAUUCUAGUUCUUAAAGAAGGAGAAAUUGUGGAGAGAGGGAGACACAAUGAACUUUUGUACAUCAAUGGUAUUUAUGCAAGUAUGUGGCAAGAGCAGUUGAAGCAAGAAAAUGAAUAGUAGAACUCAAUGUAUACAUCCUGACACUGUAAAUUUUUC